AUGGCGAAAAUAGGAAAGCCAAGCCGCUCGAAAGAACAAGAGACAGCCGGCAAAGGAAAAGUAACUCCGGCCCAGAUCGCGUUCAUUGUAGAUCGUUACCUUUCCGACAACAAUUACGCCGAUGCGCGCACUGCUUUUCGGUCUGAUGCUUCAAGCCUUAUCCCCAAAUUUCAAGUGCAAGAAGUUCCAAAGAGCUUGUUGAGCUUAGACGCGAUUCUGGACGAGUACAUAACGCUCAAGGAGCAGAAGGUUUGGGUGGACCAUGAACGGCGUCGUUUGGAGCAGGAGAAGCUGAGGGUGCACAAUUUGUUGAGUGGGAUGCAGAGCGUGAUGAAUGUUUACAACUCCGGCGAAAAUGCUGCUGUUACCCCGCCACAGCCGCUGCCUCUGGCUGCCGGUGGAUCUGCGGUCAUGGCUUCUCAGGCUGAGACUGGUGUUGCAAGGCCCGCAGGCCAACAUCCUAUGUACAACAGUCCGGCUUUGAUGUCCACAACAAAGCCCUCAAACAUUCAGAAAGAUCAUGCAACUGCAAAAAGGAAAGAGUCCAUAGAUAUUCCCCAUCGCCCUGUGGUUUCGAAGAAAUCUCGCAAGGGCCCACAAAACAGAGAUAUUAGUUUAGCUACAAAAUCGAGUUGUGCACAAAGCAACCAAGAGAAACCUCCACUUAAUUCUGCAGCUCAGUCAUGUGCUUGUGAUAAUGCUCUUAUGCAAGGGUCAAAUGUCGUAAAAUGCCUUUUCAAUCACGAACCUCUUUCUACUCCACCCAAUGCAUCUGUUCCUAAAACUCCCACACGAGCUUCUUCAUCCCAAACCGAGAAAUCUGGUUCACCGUUUGAAGCUUGUUCGACUGCUACAUCUGUUAAAGGCAAUAAUAAUACCUCUCCUCAGGUCAUGUCUUCUAACUGCACGACAAUAAUAUCUGCAGAAACAAUACGGGUCAGCCCCAACAAGCAAAUAUCUUAUUACUCGAUAGAGAAAAACCAAAUAACUUGUUCCCCGCUGAAGGCAAACACGAAGGGUUCUUCUAGCACAAAAAAAGAUCAUGUCAGGGGGAGACUGGAUUUUGGAACUUCUGAAAUGCCGAUGAUCGCAGAGAACUUAAGCCCGAACGGGACAUUAACGUCUGAAUCUGAGGGAGGGGAUAUUCUUGACUUGGACUUGGAUGCUUUAGGCUUGGACUUCAAUCUUUCAGAAUUUCUGGUUGAUUUAGAUAUGUCGAGUGAAGGAUUGGGUAAUUUGCCUUCAAAUCAAGCACUGAAUUAUUCAUCUCCAGAUUGUCACUCAUGGUCGCCUUCUAAAGCAGACAAAGCUGAAAUGGGUUCUAGACAAGUCACACCGGAUAUGAUUUGCGUGGGUUCAGAUACUGUUACUGCCAUGCGAUCGGUUACUAAACGUGUCACCAUCGUUAGCCCUGGUGAGGUGAUAUGCGACAGCCUGUCGGCCGACCUUUGCUCGUUUGCAGUUGCAUCGUCAGGAAAAAGAUGUUCCCUGGAGACCUAUUUGAGGGCAGACGGGAGCACGGAAUACGAGUGCACCUCGUCGGAAGUGGUGGUCGAGCGAUUUUCCGGGCACAUCGAAAGCGAUGCAUGCGUGGCCGCGUGUGGAGUUGACCGCUGGUCAGUCGGGAUUUCCUCAGAUGCGUUUCUUUCCGGUGAUUUUGCCGGUCGGUUAUGUUCGCCGGCGUGCUACCAGAGCUGCCCCAACAUCGUCGACCUCUACUUCAACCUUGCCGCCGGCGAAGGCGUACAUUUACCGACCUUGUGUGAAAAGCAAAAGUCGAACCCCCGUCGUGCGAUGUGGGAGCUUUUUAGCAGCGGUGGCGGUGUGGCCCUUAGUCCGGUGGGCUCGACUGAUUACAUUAUUGGUGCACCUGCUUCGGCACCAGUCGCCAACUAA